AUGGGUCCCAUCCCUUCAACCUCCCCCCGUGAUCUGCUGGCCAACAUCUGUGCAACGCUCAGUAAUGCACCCGAGCAUGGCACAAGCACACAACGAGAGAUGAGCGAUGUGCAUAUUACAGCCGUGAAAGAACACCACAGACGGCAAGCAAGAAGUAUUCUGGACUUGAUUGGAAUGAUUCAGUGUAGCACGGGGAAUUCUAUUUCUUACCUGAUGUAUGGUUGUUACUGUGGAAUUGGAGGAAAAGGCUGGCCACGGGAUGGCACAGAUUGGUGCUGUUUUACUCAUGACUGCUGUUACGGGAAAGCAGAGAGAGCUGGUUGUCAUCCCAAGUCAGAGAGUUACAACUGGUAUUGCAGAUAUAGUACUGCUAUAUGUGGGGACUUCUUUGACUAUUGCGAAAGGAUGAUUUGUGAGUGUGACAUGGAGUUAUCAAACUGCUUGAAGCGGAAUGUAUACCAGAAGAAAUAUGCACUGUGGCCCAAUUUCCUUUGCGGAAGGACAAAGCCUUGGUGUUAUCCGUAUUAA